AUGCUGCUGCUGCUGCUGCUGCUGCUGCUGCUCCUGGGGGCUGCCGCAAGCAGAUGUCUACAUGAGGAGACACAGAAGUCUGUGCGCCUUCUCAGGCCCCCUUUCUCCCAACUUCCCCCAAACACCCGCUCUUCCUCUCUCACCCUCCCUGCCUCCCAUGAUCCACAACCACUCCGAAUCCAAACCUGCUAUAUAGGAGAUCCUGUGUCAGAUGGAGCCUGGGGUCCUGAGGAAGCUGGGCUGAGAGGGGGAUCCCGAGCCGUGGCUGCAGUGAGAGAGGUUGCUCAGCGACUCCGAGGUGUCCUGGCAGUCUCUCCAAUGCAAGGACCUCUGCUUCUAAGUCGAGACCCUGCACAAUACUGCCAUGCCUUCUGGGGAGACCCAGAUACCCCCAACUACCACAAGUGUAGCCUCUUGAACCCAGGGUACAAAGGAGAGAGUUGCCUGGGGGCAAAGAUCCCUGAUAGCCAUCUCCGUGGCUAUGCCCUGUGGCCGGAGCAGGGUCCCCCGCAACUGGUCCAGCCAGAUGGGCCUGGGGUCCAAAACACUGAUUUUCUCCUAUAUGUGCGGGUUGCCCACACUUCCAAAUGUCACCAAGAGGUAAGGUUCAAAUUCAAUGUCUUUUCCCAUUCUGCCUCUUGUGCUUAAAUAUCAUGGGAAGACCCUGCUGAGUUUUCCGGUCUUCCCUUCUGAAGACUUCUGUGUUAUGCCUCUUCUUUUCUUUGCGGCCCUUACCUCGUCCUGGCCCAUCCACAGCCCUCUGUCAUAGCCUAUGCUGCCUGCUGCCAGCUGGACUCAGAUGACAGGCCCCUUGCUGGAGCCAUUGUCUACUGUGCCCAACAUCUCACCAGCGCCAGCCUCAGCCACGGUGACAUCGUCAUGGUCACACUCCAUGAAUUGCUGCAUGCCCUGGGUUUCUCUGGGCAGCUCUUCAGGAAGUGGCGAGAUUGUCCCUCAGGACCCGGUGUAAGAGAGAACUGUUCCAUCAGGCAAGGAGUGACAAGGCAAGGCCAGUGGGGACAGCUGCUUCUCACCACACCAACUGUGAGUCACAGCCUGGCCAAACAUUUGGGAGUGCUUGGGAUUUUACCGGGUGUUCCCUUGGAAGAAGAGGGUUCUUUGUCUUCACACUGGGAGGCCCGACUUCUCCAGGGCUCUAUAAUGACUGCUACCUUUGAUGGUGCCCGACGCACUCGACUUGACCCAAUUACUCUUGCUGCCUUCCAAGACUCAGGCUGGUACCAAGUCAACCACAAAGCUGCAGAGGAACUAUUGUGGGGCCAGGGAUCUGGCUCAGAAUUUGGCCUGGUGACCACAUGUGGAACUGACUCCUCAGACUUCUUCUGUACUGGCAGUGGACUGGGUUGCCACUACCUGCACCUGGACAAGGGACGCUGCUCCUCAGGCCCCACGCUGGAGGGCUGCCGCAUGUAUAAGCCCCUGGCCAACAGGAGUGAAUGCUGGAAGAAAGAAAACGGAUUUCCACCAGGGGCAGAGAAUCCCCAUGGGGAGAUCUACCAUCCCCAAAGUCGUUGCUUCCUUGCCAACCUCACUUCACAACUGCUCCCUGGGGGACAGAUCAGGCAUCCCUCUCAGACCCCACACCUGAAGGAAGUGGAGCUCACAGGCCGAUGCUACUUACACCAGUGCACAGAGAGAGGCACCUACAAGGUGCAGGUGGAGGGAUCACCCUGGGUCCCCUGCCUUCCAGGAGAGGCUGUUCAGAUACCUGGGUACCACGGUCUUCUCUUCUGUCCCCGGGGUCGGCUAUGUCAGACUAAUGAAGAUAUGGAUGCUGUUCCUUCUCCACUUGUGACACUUUCAACCAGAGACCUGUUACUCCAGCUUUCCAUAGGAUUAGGCGGACCCCCAAGUCACUACCUGGGGAAGGAAGAGCGAGAAGAGCUGGCAGAAGCAGUGCUACAGGCUCUGGUGAACAGAGGAGGUGCCGGCAGGUGCUACUUCCACAGUCCCUCCAUUACCACUAGUCUGGUUUUCACUGUACAAGUACGGAAGUCCCCUGGCUGCCAAGGGCCUUUGGCUGAUGAGCUGCACAGGGCCCUGACCCUAACUCUCCAGAAGAAGCCGCUGGAAGUAUUUUAUGGAGGAUUCCAAUUUACCACAGAAUACAGCAAGCUGCUGGUUACCUCGGGCCAUAAUCUGUCCAUGACCCGCCUAGGUCUCUCUGUGGCACUCUGCCUAAUGUUACUCAUCCUGGCAAGUACACUGGGGACCGUGGCCUAUCAGAAGCGAGCUGGUACUCAGGCUUGA